CUCGUGUGUUUGCAUCCCUAACAGUACAGUCAGCCAGACUUUCUGUAAACAUUGGUCAGAGGAUGAUUUAUAAAUUAGCUUUUUCUAUCGCCUUGUGUGUUUGUUUAUGUUUUGAUCUCUGCACUUCUGAGAGCUACGUUUUGGAUGAUACAAUCGGAUUAGGGAGAGAGUUUGACGGUAUUGGAGGUUUGAGUGGUGGAGGGGCAACAUCUCGCCUGCUUGUCAAUUAUGCAGAACCCUACCGCAGCCAGAUAAUGGACUACCUCUUCAAGCCAAACUUUGGGGCUUCUCUACACAUCCUGAAAGUAGAGAUUGGAGGUGACGCCCAGACCACAGAUGGAACGGAACCCUCACACAUGCACUAUGAGAACGAUGAGAACUACUUCAGGGGGUAUGAGUGGUGGCUGAUGAGAGAAGCCAAGAAGAGGAAUCCCAACAUCACUCUCAUAGGUUUGCCGUGGGCCUUCCCAGGUUGGGUUGGGCAUGGGAAGAACUGGCCAUACGACUUUCCUAAUAUAACUGCAUCCUACGUGGUGUCCUGGAUCUUAGGAGCCAAGCAGUACCAUGACCUGGAUAUUGAUUAUGUUGGGAUUUGGAAUGAAAAGAACUUUGACAGCAAGUACAUCAAGGUGCUCCGAGACACAUUGGAUGAAGUUGGCUUAGCCGAUGUGGGCAUCAUCGCAGCUGACGGCAACUGGGAAGUGUCCAAUGCCAUGGGUGUAGACCCGUACCUCAACGAUGCUGUUGAGGUGUUAGGGGCCCACUACCCAGGCACCACCACAGUGAUGGAGGCCCUGAAGACGCAGAAGAAGUUGUGGUCGUCUGAAGACUACAGCACUUUUAACGACGAGGUGGGAGGAGGCUGCUGGGCCCGCAUCCUCAACCAGAACUAUGUCAACGGACUCAUGACUGCCACCAUAUCCUGGAACCUGGUAGCCAGUUACUAUGAGGACCUUCCCUUUGGGAGAGACGGCUUGAUGACAGCAGAGGAGCCCUGGACUGGGAACUAUGUGGUGGAAUCACCCAUCUGGAUAACUGCCCACACCACCCAGUUUAGCCAGCCUGGAUGGACCUACCUGCAGACCGUUGGGCAUCUGGCACAUGGGGGAAGUUAUGUCGCACUGACCGACAGCAAAGGAAACCUCACCGUCGUCAUAGAAACCAUGACUCAUGAUCAUUCUGUGUGCAUAAGACCUCCUCUCCUGCCCUUCAAUGUCACACCCCAGAAUGUAACAUUCCAACUCAAGGGAUCUUUUGCCUCGAUCAGGGAACUACAGGUAUGGCAGUCGAGGUUUGACUUCAAGACUAAAAAGCCGUUGUUCUUCAAGAAACUGAGCCCCUUAAAGAUUUCUGAUGGUUCGUUCACCUUGAGCCUGGAUGUUGAUGAGGUUUACACUUUAACUACCAUAACCACUGGGCAGAAAGGGACUUACCCUGAUCCUCCCCCCUCUGGCCCAUUCCCCAAAGUCUACAGGGAUGACUUUAAUGUUGCAAACGCUUCCUUCUCUGAGGCCCCAGACUUUGCUGACCAGACGGGGGUGUUUGAGUAUUACAUCAACCUGACGGACCCUGGUCCUCAUGUCUUCACCCUGCGCCAGGUGGUCACACAGAUGCCUGUUACCUGGGCAGCAGAUGCCGACCAGACCAUCAGCGUCAUCGGAGACUAUAAAUGGCAGAACCUGACAGUGAGCUGUGAUGUCUUCAUGGAGACAGUGAAGACUGGAGGAGUGUUCAUCGCAGCCAGAGUGGACAAAGGAGGCGGGUCUGUCCGCAGCGCCAAGGGAGUCUUCUUCUGGGUGUUCGCAGAUGGCUCCUACAAAGUCACUAAUGACCUUGUUGGAAAGACUGUGCUUGCGGAGGGUCAUUCUGGAACGAGAGCAUACGGCUGGCACACGCUAUCCCUCACAGUCGAGGGGGAAUGUGCCACAGGAAUGCUGAAUGGAUAUCCACUAUGGAAGAAUGCUGUGGUAUUGGGACCAAAGAAUGGCUGGGCUGCCAUAGGAACACACUCAUUUGAACUGGCACAGUUUGACAACUUUGCUGUGGAGGCAAAAUGAUCAUUUGUCUGUGUGUGUUGGUGGUGAAUAUGUCUUGGUCAUGAAUUAAUUGAUUGACACCAUUAUGCCUCUAUGAGCCCUUCAAUGUGAUUGUGUGUCAAAUGAGAAAAGGCUAGCUUUUUUAUUUCCACAAAUGUUUUUAAAAGGGAAUAGCUCAUUUGAAUGCACAGAUAUUCGAUUAACAACGUUUGCCACAAAUUUUGUGUGUGUAAGCCUUGCUAGCUUUAAAGAUUGAGAAAUACUUUGUAUUUGCCAACAAAUAUGGGGAAAUCAACCGUUUGGAUCUGAGAAUUACUGUGAUAAAAUAUUACUUUUCUAUGAAGCCUUUUCUAUACACUGAGAAAAUAAUCGUUGCCUAGUGACUAAAUACUGAAAGUAAUAGUACAUUUAUGUUUUACAAAUGUUUACAAUAAAGAGAAGGCCUAUUUUAAAA